CGUUUCAAAUUGUUUUUGAUAUUAAAUAGAUUAGUUUCUAGUUCUUAACGCUUGUUAAGUGGUUAUUAAAGUUAGAACUGUUUAAGAUAAAAGUGAUAUUUUCAAAAUUGAUGUUCAAAAUUAAACACCUGCAAUCAUGUGACGAUUAUUGCGAUGCAAGUUACGAAACAUGAAUUAUGCUUAGUGCUAAAGUGUAAUUGCUAGUUAUAAUUGAAAUAGUACAGAUCAAACGAUAAAAUGCAAGCUAGUGAGGAGUUCGAGCUGACCUCGACGCCGCUGCUCAACUUUGUACCUUCAACAUUGAAGUUUCAGAGUGUAUACUACUCAGUUGAUGGGAAAAAUAUUCUAACGAAUCUCUCCGGCAAGUUCAAGCAUGGCCGAUUAGUGGCACUGAUGGGACCGUCCGGUGCUGGGAAGUCAUCCUUGCUGAAUGUCCUAGCUGGGAUGAAUCUCUACGGACUAGUUGGAUCGAUCGUCAUAAAUGAUGAACCAGUGGAGGAAAAUGAUCCUCGAAGUGUUUACGUGGAACAGGACUGUCCUUUGCUCAACUAUCUUACCGUUCGGGGAACGAUGACCUACGCCGUUGAUAUGAAAAUGCCCCGGAAAACGUCAACCAAAGAAAAGAGAAAUAAGAUCAGCGAAAUCCUGCAACUGCUAGGACUAGACAAAAGCGCUACCACCCUGGUCAAAAACCUUUCUGGAGGGGAGCAAAAUAGGCUGUCAGUCGCUGUAGAACUGAUCACUAACCCCGCGGUUAUGCUACUAGACGAACCAACCAGCGGUCUGGACAGUGUCGCUUCCAUGCAGCUCAUAUCGCAUCUCAAGUCCUUAGCAAUGGCUGGUCGAACGAUCGUUUGUACCAUCCAUCAACCCGCCUCCAGUCUAUUUCAGCUAUUCGACGAUGUCUUCCUACUGGUUAAAGGUCGCUGUCUUUACUCCGGAUCGGUCGAAGGAAUGAUACCGAAAUUGGACUCUGCCGGUUUCCGUUGUCCAGAGUACUACAAUCCAGCAGAUUUCGCGAUCGAGGUUCUCACGUCCGAUAAUGAGGCGGCGAGGGAAGCUAUGAUCGCUCAAACCGUCACUGAAAUGAGGCUUUUGUUUGAUGGGGUUCCUGCUAGUCCCACGUUGGAUCGUGGGAAUGUGGUUGUUAAACGGUAUCAGACCCCAUUCUGGUAUCAGUUUUUAGUUUUGCUCAAAAGAUGUGCGAUCUCAAGUGCUCGGGAUGAGUUCUUCCUAAAAAUUCGGCUCGGUCUGUAUUUCGCCCUAGGAGUAGUUUAUGGAAUAGUUCACUACAACGUUGGAAACGAUGCUACCAAAGUGGUAGCGAACGUGGGCUGCUUUUUUCAGCUUUUCGCGAUCGUUUACUUUGCCAAUGCAACAGCUGUGAUCAACUACUCGGAGGAAGCGAAUGUUACCAUCAAGGAGAUCGCCAACAACUGGUACUCUCGGGAGGCGUACUUCUUCUCCAAAUUGCUCAGCGAUAUUCCGCUACAGAUCGCAUGCCCGACGGUGAUGCUUCCGAUGAUGUACUACCUCAGUGAUCAACCGUGGGAUCCGAUGCGCUUCGUCAUGGUUUGGGCCAUGUUCCUGGUCGGUGGCAUCAUUGGUCAGUGUAUUGGACUGAUCGCGGGAAUUUGCUUCGAUUCAAAAACGCGGAACUUUGUUCUGGCGAAUGCUUGCAUCGUACCGAUUCUGUUUUCGGGAUUUCUAGUCAAUGCCAAAGAUUUGGUGCCGUAUUUGAAGCCGUUCAGUGAUGUGUCGUUUUUUAGGUAUCAAUUUCAUGGGGUGCUACAAGCGUUGUACGGAUUCGGGAGGGAUAAUCUUGACUGUUCGCAGAUCUAUUGCUACUUCAAGAAGCCGGCCAGUAUUUUGGAGCAGUUCGAUGUUGAGCCGGAUGGGUACGGCAGGAAUUUGGUGGUGCUGGGAGUAAUGGUUGUGAUUUUCCAAUUUUUUAUUUACUGUGCAUUUGUGGUUAGAUUAAGGCGAAUAAAGUGAAGUUAAUUUGUUGAAUGUUGU